GUGAAUUUAGUGAAAUUUUCCGUGAUUUAUGAGUGAAACAAAGUGAUAUAAUCUAACGAGUUAAACGCCCGGUUGGUUUAUAAUUCAGGCGCCCAAUCGAAGGAAUCAAAACUGAAAACGAGUCAACUUUAAGUAAUCGACAUCGACGACGAUGAAGAGUGCCAAGCUGCAGGCUGCCCUUGCCAAGCGCCGAGAGGCCGAGCAGAUCAAGUUCCAAAAGUCGGCGGCCGUCGAGCGGUACUACGAUCAGUGGAGUCGCAUCACGUCGCGGUUCGAUUCCUGGAACUCCCCGCAGUUUUAUCGCCAGGCCGAGGAAGCCGCUCGCCAACGGGAGGAAGCGGAAAAACGAGAAGCCGCUAUCAACGAGCGACGGGAGAAACUGCGGGUGCAAUUGCAACAGGAAAAGGAUGAUUUCCAGCGGGAGAUUAAGGAAAAGAACCGCCCUAAACCAAAACCCAUUCCAACGGAACUUCUGGAAGGCGUCCGUUCCCGCUUAAACGACAUAGAGGAAGCAAAACGCCGCGUAGAUUUAGAAGCUCGGCUAUACACCAAAUGGCGCAUGGGUUACGACCGGGAUGCCGUGAUAUUGGAUUCGAAAAAUUCCAACCAAGCGAUGGCCAAACUGAACUGGUUGGAUCGCCAAGUAGAACUGCAGCUCCAGAAUGAGAAAGAGCGUAAGGAAAAUCAAGAACGGGAGAUUCGUCUCCACGAGGAAGCACGGCGUCACGAGGAACUCUUGCUCGAAAAGAGCAAGCUCAGAGAGCAACAAAUAAAGGAGCUGCGAGUUCACCAAGAAGUGCACGUGAAGGAACUUAAAGCGAGAGAACAGGAAAUGAACGAACUGAAAAUGUACGAAAUGCGACUGAGGACCAAGAAGGAAGAGUUCGAAAAGGAACUCGAUCAGCUUCGAGUGUACAACGAUCGACGCCGGGAUCGGAUCGUGGCCAUGCACAACCUGCGGCGCAUCAAAAUGCUGCUCCGUGAACGAUCGGAAGCAGUUCGCAACGAUCUGAAGCACGAUCUGCAGCUACUGAAGAGAAUAGCAAUUGACAAUCCAGAGUCGAAUGAAAGCAUCGACUAUCUGAGGAAGAAAUUCCAACUGCAGUACGACUUGGAGGUCGAGCAACAAACGGCCAUCGAAACGAUGUACGAAUCGGAAGCCAAGCACAAUUUGUCCAAGUGGGAGGACAAGUGGAACGAGGAAGCCCUGAUUAGGGAACAGCAGUUGAGAUGUCUGCUGGAGGAUCGGAUCAUCGAUUUCGAGACGAAACUCAUGGACACCAUCCAAAGGCAGCGCGAUCUGAUUGAGGUACGCGAAACUCACAUCAAGGCCAUCGAAAGUGCCAAUCAACAGCUGAAGGAGCUGAUGAGCGAGAAAGCCAGGGAUACGACAGUUGUCGGUUCGUCGAAUCAGAUUCGAGAGUUGCUAGUGCAAAAGGACAAUGGCGCCAAGUUGAGCGACAGUAGACCUUCAACGCAAAACUCCCAUCGCAGUUCCACGUUUAGCAGCAUUUUCCCAUUUGACGAUUUGAGUGUGCGGGAUUUGAAGCUGUCCGAACGGAAAACGCCCGAUGAUGGGGACGGAUCAACUGGCACCUUGUCGGUGCCUAAGUUCGGUCGUAAGAAGGUAGCCUGGUGCUAACGGUUCCAAGGAUUCAAGUAUUUUGAAAUAGGUUUGAUUAAGUGAAUGACAUGAGUAGAUUGUAGGACAUCGUGCAUGACUUUCCAAAGACUAAGACAUUGUGUUCUGAGAAUCAAUAAGUGCCUAGAUGCAUCGAGAUUUUACGAAUUUUUGACGAUAUUUUUUAAGAUUAAGAUAGUAAAUAUUUCUAAUUUUGUAAUCAAU